AUGGGUUUCGGCGAUUUCGACUCGAUAUGCAAGCAGGCGGCGCUGCCACUGUGCACAAUGGUCGGUCGUAACAUCGUCACAGGAGACAAGGGCAUACAACCGGCUUGUUAUUCGCGCACCAUUGAGGUGGCCAACACGGUCAUUUUCCAGGGCGCUGCAGGCAUUGCCCACAUCUGCGCUCUCCUCAUGACUGUCAUUAUGAUUGUUCAUGUCCGCAGCAAGUUCACUGCUGUUGGUCGCAAGGAAAUCAUCAGUUUCUUCUGGGGCUACUUUUUACUCACAAUCAUCUCGCUACUCGUUGACGCCGGUGUCGUUCCUCCUGGCUCUGCCGCAUACCCCUGGUUCGUCGCUCUACAAAAUGGUCUGGCCUCCGCCACCUGUAUCUCCCUGAUGAUUGCUGGCUUCGUCGGCUUCCAACUAUAUGAAGAUGGUACCUUCUUGAGUGUCUGGCUGCUUAGAAUUUGCUCGGCCACCAUGUUCGCCAUCUCGUUCAUCAUCAGCAUCAUGACUUUCAAAGAUAUUGGCGGCCUGGGUCCUGACAACACUGUUGGUCUCUUUGUCGUUCUUUACAUUUUCAACGCCAUCUUCCUCGCCGUCUAUGUUGUCAUGCAGGUCUUGCUCGUCGUUGGAACUCUUCAGGAUAGAUGGCCUCUAGGUCACAUCGCUUUCGGCAUCUUCUUCUUCGUCGUCGGCCAAGUCAUCAUCUACGCCUUCGGAAAGGCAGUCUGCGAAGGCAUCAACCACUACAUGGACGGCCUCGUCAUUGCCACAGUCUGCAACCUCCUUGCAGUCAUGAUGAUUUACAAG